UAAAACAUGAAGGUGGGGGAGUUUGUCGUACGCACACGGCGCAUCGUAGAUCUUGUCAACCUUGACCUUGUUUGUGUGAUUCAGAACCAUAAAAAAACUCGGUGGACAAUCUAGGCAUCGUGUUUCUGACUCCGAUCUCUCCGACCUCGUCCCUGAGUUGUUCAAGUCAAACAAACUGACAUUUAAAUAUUUUCAAACUUAAUAAUAAUACAAGUAAAAGCGAAGCGAGAAAUCACCGAGGUGUUUCCCAUUUCCCAUGGCUUACAUAGCUGUCGGUGCACUUCUCACAUGACGGGUUUCGCUUUCCCCUCACCUACCUAAUGAAUUACUUCCACAAACCCUCUUCCUCUUCUGCUCCUUCUUCUUCUUCUUCUUCGCCUUCCGAUGUCAAUGCCGGUAAUUCCGUUAAGGAUCGGGGGAUAAUACAGUCCUUUACACAGAGGCGCCUCACGCGGCAGAGGAAGCUCCGUCACGUCAGGGAGCAAGACAUCGGCUUGCAGGGUUCUCCCGAUUCGAGUCGGAAGUCGCCGUCGCUGGGGGAGUCGGAACACUGGUCGAUCUCCGCGGUGCCGCAACCGUUGCCGCUUCCCGAAUUGCCUUCCAGUCGGAGACCCGAGUCAACGGCGUUGAAUUCCGGGCAGGCUCAUCUCGGGUCGCCUCAAGAACUGGGAAGGAAGAGCAUAGAUAAUGUUGCCACGAUUUCAGUGAAACCUACAAGCGACCAUCAUAGCAGAUUCUCCCAGGAUGUACAUAAGGAAUUUACUCGUUACAACUUGAGGCUGAAUAUUCCUGCCAGGACCAGUCUGCCAUGUGAUUUUUCAAGUCCUGUUAGCCCACAAAGACCAAAAAAGACUCGGGAAUUUUUGCCUUCUUCUGUUACCACAAGUUCAGCCAAGUCCCCAGACAAUUUUUUUAGGGGAUUCUCUCAAGAUGUAAAUGCUGAACGUGGUAAUUACAACUUGAGGCUUAAAGCUCCUGCCAGGAGUGCUCCGACCAGUGUUUUUUCAAGUCCUGCUGCGAGCCCACGAAGAUUGAACUCUGGAGAUCUCUUUCCUUCUUCUGCGGCUUUUCAAGAAUUUCAGGAUAGCCUUGUUGGUUUUGCUUCAAAAGUGUCACCAGCAAAAACCAUGCAUAGUCCUGACCUGUCUCCUAAAUGCAGCCCAACAGUCUCAAGUCCCCUGCUCACCCCCAAAAGUCCAAAAAGAACUGCAUUUCAGUCACAUCAGAGUUUCAUGGAGUGGCCAGAGAUCAGUGCCUACCCUUUGCCCCUUCCCCCAGGAGUAACAUUACCAUCACAAUCAUCUACGCAAUCACAAUCAACUACCACACAUCACCCAGGAGUAACAUUACCAUCACAAUCAUCUAUGCAAUCACAAUCAACUACCACACAUCACCCAGGAGUAACAUUACCAUCACAAUCAUCUAUGCAAUCACAAUCAACUACCACACAUCAUGUUACAGAACAACAACGUGCUUCAUCUUUUAAAGGUCAAUGGCAAAAAGGAAAACGCAUUGGGCGUGGUACAUUUGGAACUGUAUACCUUGCCACUAACCUAGAGACUGGAGCUUAUUGUGCAAUGAAGGAAGUUGAUCUCAUUCCUGAUGAUCCUAAAUCUGCUGAAUGUGUAAAGCAGUUGGAGCAGGAAAUAAAAGUUCUCCACCAACUGAACCACCCCAACAUUGUGCAGUAUUAUGGCAGUGAGAUAGUUGAUGACCACUUUUACAUAUAUUUGGAGUAUAUUCAUCCGGGAUCAAUUGAUAAAUAUGUACAUGAACAUUUUGGAGCUAUUACUGAGUCUAUAGUUCGCAAUUUCACUCGCCAUAUCCUUUCUGGGUUGGCUUACUUGCAUAGCAAAAAGACUAUCCACAGGGAUAUCAAAGGUGCAAAUUUGCUUGUUGAUGCAUCUGGUGUUGUUAAACUUACAGAUUUUGGGCUGGCUAAACAUCUUGCAGGACAAUCUUAUAAUCUUUCCUUGAAGGGCAGUCCAUACUGGAUGGCUCCAGAGGUCAUGCAAGCUGCGAUGCAAAAUGAUCCCAAUCCUGAUCUUGCUUUGGCCGUUGAUAUUUGGAGUUUGGGCUGCACCAUCAUUGAAAUGCUGAAUGGAAAACCUCCUUGGAGUGAUUUUACGGGGCCACAAGCUAUGUUCAAAGUUUUGAAUAGAUCCCCACCCAUACCAGAAACAUUAUCCCCAGAGGGAAAGGAUUUCCUCCGUUGUUGCUUUAGGAGAAAUCCUGCAGAACGGCCAACAGCUAGCAAGUUGCUUGACCAUCCCUUUGUACGAAAUUCACAUGAUCAAAAUGUUUCACUCUGUGUGCAGACAUUUUCUGCAGUGAAUCUUACAGAUAAGCGACAUACGGCAGGAGAUGGAACAAAGCAUAAAGAUCCGAUGUCAGUCUCUGCCGGCACACGGAGUACGAACGGAAAUCUGCCUUGUAGUUGUGGAUACUUUCAACAUUAUAAUUCUAAAAUUUCUAGCUCCACUGAGGCUUUCCAUCAUCCUCACUGCUCUAUGCUUCAAGUCAGGCCUUCUCAAUCUAUCACACAGUUGAUUCAUGGUUCACAUAGUUGCAGUCCUUCAAAUAUUUCAAGCAAUGUGCCUCUCGGAAGGACUCAUGGAAGGGAAGUCUCAAAUCACUGAAAUAUUUUUGUAGUUGACUUAGAUUGAUGUGGAACUAUGGUACUCUUAAGAGUACAACCAAGGAAGAGGCCUGCAGGGAACUCUAAUGGAGGUUUUCGCCUAACCUUUUAGAGCUUUCUUUUGUCUUCCAUCCAACAGAGGUUCAAUUUACCAUGGAUGAAUCUUUGGUGCCUCUUUUGAAGUUACAAGGCCUUUACCUGGAAAUCAACUCAGCUGGAAAUCCGAACCUUGUCAUCUUAGAUUGUCUCUCUUAGGGCUUGAACUAACACUAGGAAAAUGGAAAUGAUAUCCAGCAGAUGCAAAAAUAUGAAGGAAAAAAGUUAGGGUGAUGUUGUCACAUUUACACAUGACAAAUGAUGGACUCAGAUGAUUUGUAAAUAUUGAGGCUCCAUUUUGUUUCAAUUAAUUCAUUUCACAAUA